AUGCCACACGAAGACGACAUCCCCGAUAUCCCUGAAGAAGCUCCCCUGGAGACCGAUCUCUAUGAGACCUUGGGAGUUAAGGGGGAUGCGACUGCAGAUCAGAUCAAAUCCGCGUACAGGAAGCUAGCGCUGAAGCAUCAUCCCGACAAGGCCCCGGAGGAUCAAAAAGAAGAAGCAAACAAGAAGUUUCAGCAGAUCGCCUUCGCCUAUGCAAUUCUGUCGGACGAACGUCGUCGCCGCCGAUUCGACCUGACAGGCAGUACCGCCGAGGCAGUGGAAGAGGAUGACGACUUCAAUUGGGCGGACUUCUAUCGGGAACAGUUCUCGAGUGCAAUCGAUGUAAAGGCGCUCGACAAAUUCAAGCAGGAGUACCAGGGCUCGGAAGAGGAAGAGAGCGACCUGCUCGCGGCGUUUGAGAAAUACCGAGGCGAUAUGGACAAGAUUUAUGAGUCAGUCAUGCUGUGUAACGUGCUUGAUGACGAUGAACGCUUCCGUGGCAUUAUUGACAAGGCGAUUACCGAUGGCAAGGUAGAGAAAUACAAGAAGUACUCCGAGGAGCCGGAAAGGAAGAGACAGCAGAGACUUAAACGUGCGCAGAAGGAAGCUAAAGAAGCCGAGGAGGCUGCUAAAGAACUCGAGGAGAAGGAAGAAGUCAAGGGGACCAAGGCGAAGAAGGGAAAGAAAAAGAAGACAUCCGCUAUGGAUGACAACGAUCUUGUGGCUCUGAUUCAGCAGCGACAGGCUUCCCGUGCCGAAUCAUUCUUCGAUAAACUCGAGGAGAAAUAUGCCCCUGGCAAGAAACGAGCGGCGAAGUUUGAGGAGCCUCCUGAAGAAGCUUUUGAAGCCACCGCAGCUCGACGCAGCUCGAAAAAGAAGAAGGCUACAUAA